UUGGGUGAAUAUCGAAAUCGACAGCUGGUCACACUGAUAUCUAAGAUUUUGAAGCGGUAGGACGUGUGUUCGCGCUGCUGCCGACGAAGUGUUUUUUGACCGCCAACGAACUGUUCGUGCGCGCUGCGAGUCUUUUGUACCUCGGACUACCUAACAACCUACCAGUAAAAAAAACUGCCACUACCACAACCGCGCGCGAAAUAACUUACAGAUACCAACGAAAACCCCAAGCCAACGCGAAUUAAACCACCACCGCCAGCGAGUUUACUGUUGCUGCUGUGCUUGGGUUUCUUGUUGUUGUGGCUGCUGCUGUUCUUGUGCCGUGCGUACCACAAACUUUUAGACAUUAACCUUUGCUGGACUCGUAUCUGGGGGCAGGCAAACAAAGCGGAGUUUGUCCUGUGCUGCUAGUGAUUUUUCCCCGUCCAGGCCCGCAGAACGUUACGACUUAGCAGUUACGAAUUUUCCCAAACAAAGUAAAGAGAGAGAUACAAGUUGGAUAAAAAAUAGAAGAAAUACGCGAAACAAAAUCCAAGAGGGGACCGAUCUUCCCAAACACACGUACAUCCCAUCUACACACACACCGCACCGCACCGCACCACACCACACCGGAACACACCAAAACACAACACACCACAAGCACCACACUCCACACACACACCAUGUUCACCGAAAAGGGAAUCUUCCCGAUUGGCGACGGACUACUGGAUAUAGACGACGAUCGCCUCAAGGGAUUACUCGUCUCGCACGACAUCAACGAAAUCUACGAAGUCGAACAGACACCAUUUGCCAGGGGCAAAUUCGCCGCCGUGCGCCGCGCCGUUCACAAGAACACGGGCUCCCACUUCGCAGCGAAGUUCCUGAAGCGCCGACGCCGGGCGCAGAGCAGCGACAAGGAGAUCAAGCACGAGAUCGCGGUCCUCAUGCUCUGCGCGGGAGAGCACAACAUCGUCAACCUCAACGCGGUCCACGAGACGCGCUCCGACACAGCACUGCUCCUGGAGCUGGCCACUGGUGGCGAGCUGCAGACGAUUCUGGACAACGAGGAGUGCCUGACCGAAGUCCAGGCCCGCCACUGCAUGCGCGAGGUACUCAAGGCGCUCAAGUUCCUGCACGACCGCUCCAUCGCCCACCUGGACCUCAAGCCUCAGAACAUCCUGCUCGCCGGCGAGCGCAUAGAAGAUGGCCUCAAACUGUGUGACUUUGGGAUCUCGCGGGUCGUGUGCGAGGGAAUAAAUGUGCGGGAAAUGGCCGGAACCCCCGACUACGUGGCUCCCGAGGUGCUCCAGUACGAACCCCUCUCCCUUCUGACGGAUAUUUGGUCGGUGGGAGUGCUAACCUACGUCCUGCUCUCCGGCUUCUCGCCCUUCGGCGGCGACACCAAGCAGGAGACCUUCCUCAACAUCUCGCAGUGCGCCCUCACCUUUCCGAGCAACCUCUUCGGCGGCGUCUCCCCGGUGGCCAUCGACUUUAUCCGUCGCGCAUUGCGAAUUAAGCCAAACGAUCGCAUGAGUGCCGCCGGCUGCCUGGAGCACGUCUGGCUGAAGGACGACUGCUCCCUGGACAGGACCAUUUUCCUCCAGCCCCAAAGCGACGCCGAGGAGGAGGAGGACGAUGUGGAGGACGUGGAGGAAGAGGAGGAGGAAGAAGAAGUGGUAGUGGGAGUCCCGGUUGAGGCGGAGAAAGAGCCAGCAGCUCAGGAACCGAUAAAGGAGCCGCAGACACAGUCACAGGCACAGCAACAUACCCCUCCCGCUGCCACCCAGACGCUGGGAUCGCUCUCGCCGAAGCCCAGCAUUGCCAGCAAGCCGACGCACAACGGCCACUACCGGGCGAACAGCAGCGGCAGCAUCUCCAAGAUCCCGAUCGCCACCAGCAAGCUGCUGAGCAGCCCCAGCUGCGAGACCACUACUGCGAUCCACACCUUCGGGCACGGAAGCACCCAGAAGCCCACCCAAAUCGUGACGCCUACUCGCCGGGCCUCGGACUCGGACAAGGAAAACACCUUCACAGCCACGUUCGUAAAGAAGCCAGUCGCCACAAUCCAGCUAGGCAGCUCCAACGGCAUCGAGGACGCUACAGUGGUGGCAGCCACCCUGACACUCUUUCCGGAUGCUCCCACUACACCAAAGGUGAUCCGCAAGACACCUACGGGGGAAUCCCACAGGUCGGCCACGUCGGUGAAGGCCCUGGUGAAAAAGUUUCAACUGGAGGACUCGACGGGAUCGGUGACGGGAGGCCGCCGGAGCGGAGGAGCCGCGCCAGUCUCGCCCACAACGCCGACGACGGCAGCCACCCGAAUGAUUACCAUCCGGCGGGCCUCCGAGCCCCUGACGGUGGUCAACAAGAAGCAGCCGUCGCAGGCUCUGCACUCGAACGGAAACCCGAGUCCCAGUCCGGGCAGCAGUCCCACCAGCUCCUCCGGCAGCACGGCCGCCUUGCUGAUCCACAGCCAGCGCCUGGGCACUACACCGGCGCUCGCCAGCCACCUGAUGAGCAAUGCUAACAGCAAUGCCAGCAGCACCACUGCCACAUCUGCACCACCAUCUGCAUCUGCUUCAGCAUCUGUAUCUGCCACAGCCACCUCGAACAGCAGUAGUUCGGGAAAAGCGGCGGGCGGCGCUAGCGCUGCAUCUGCUCACCAUCUGCACCACCACCACAUGCACCAUCAUCACCACCACCACCACCACGUGGUGAUCGCGGCGAAGAACGCAGCCGCCGUGGCCGCCACCAACAACAUGAGUCUGGACCAGGGUAUCAUCUGUUAGCUAAGGGCCAGCCGGGCGAGCCGCAACGCCAAGAGUUUCUUUCACCGCUUCCUGUGCUGCAUGUAACUGCCGGCGGAGGGGGGGACCUCGCCGCCGGGCGCCGUCCACUGGAGAAGUGGGUCACCUAGCUGCAGGAUCACUAGGCGGGAGGAAGGUCGGCUGGAGGAUGACUGGAGGAGCAGGAGCCGGUUGGUGGAGCGAAUAAGGAGCGACUGGAACGAGCGGUGGUGCUGCAGGAGGAGAUGGAGCUGGAUGGAGAAGUGGAACUGGAGCUGGAGCUGGAAGCGAAACGAGCAGGAGGAGGAGGACGCGUUGAUUUAUAUUUGAGCAUAGUUAGUAUUUAGUUAAUGUCAGACGGCCUUGACAUCUUCGCCAGCAUGGGAGCCACAUCGAGGAUCCCCGAGGAUCAGGGAUAUCCCUUACCCACCACACACACAAACACACCCACACCCACACACGUAGGAGAUGAGAUGAGGAGAUGAGACCAGGAAGGAGAGGAAUGCCUAAAUCUAGAUUAAAAUGAAAAAUGAAACCUUGUACUGCGGCCGUAAUGGCAAAAUUGAGAAGUAGGAACAGAUCUGAAAAGUUAUAGAGUCGAGCCGGCUUCGUCGGACUUUCGGUAGACAUAUCAUAUAGCCCAUAUGUUUGUUAUGCGAAGAGCAAAACGCAAGGAGCAUGAAGAGUGAAGCGAGGAAGUGAACAGAACGUAACUGAACAGACGAGCUGAACAGAAGCAUAGUUUAUUGUUUCAACGAAUAUUUACAUAUAUACAUAAAGGAAGAAAUGUCAAUUCGGCCCAGGACCGCCUGGCCUAGCAUUAAUUAUACUAGUUAUACAUUAUCUAUAUGCCUACGUAUGUACACUUUUAAACAUAUUCAUAGCAUAUAUUACUAUACAUGUACCAAAAACGAAUGGGGAUCUGUCCCAGCGAUAGGAUGCGCGCCACGUCGGCCGCAUCCGUUCCGCCAUUUGCUUGCAGGCAUGGAGUGUUCGUUAGUCGUAAUCAAUCAGUCUACCCACUCUGUCAGCCAACACCUGUGCAUCAGCAUCAAUCAGGAGGUCAAUCAUAAGCAUAUACAAGUUGUUCGUUCGUUCGUUCGUUCGCCUAGAAGAGUUUAGAGAAUGUUAAAGCCAAGCAAAAUUGUUAAUCGUGUGUCUGUGUGUUCAAUCGUUCAAUCGUUCAAUCGUUGCAUAAAUGUUAGGAUGCCUAGGAACCACGCAUUGUAGUAGUACUAGUUGUCAUCGUUAGAGCCCCACGUCCUGUUCCUGUUCCUGUUCCUGUUCCUGCACCUAUUCCGCCCCAUCCCGUCCGCCCCAACCACCCCCAGUCCACCUCGUUGAGUCGGUUUUGUAUAUAUUUCCAGCACGAGCACUAUGCAGAGAGUGCAUACUGUGGAGGGUCGUGCAGAGGUCGGCCAGCUAGCUAGCAGCAGCAGCAGCAGCUUAUUGAAUUACGUUUAAUUCUUUUUUUUUACCCCAUUAUCAGUAAUCGUAUUUUAGAGCUUCGAUGCGAGUGUAUUUAUUAGGCAAACGUUUCGAGGAGGGUCAGUUAAUUGUUAAAGGAGAGAGCUUAAUUUAUCGCAAUCGAUUACCUUUUCUUUUAUACUUAAUACUUGCGUGUACUUCUCUUAAUACUAUUAUUUUUUUUAAUACACCUAAAUCACAGUUAUGUGUUUAAUAUAUCUGUACAUUAGUAGUUAAAUGCAGUGCAGCCCCGUACUGCAAGGAGAAACUGCGACCGUGAAACAAAUAAAAUAUAAAAACAAGGUUAAUAAGCUGGACGUAAGAGUUGAGGAAUGUGUUUUUAAUUUUUAGUAAUUCUAAUCGAUUUUGUGUUUAGAAAAUCUAAUUCAAUGAGAAGACAAAGAUGCAUAUUAUAUUCUACAUUAUAAAGAAAUUAUUUUAUAGCUAACUAAUUUAAAAUAUAUUCAAUAAAACGACAAAAAUUAAAUA